AUAAUUUUUUUUAUAAUUUACAAAUUUUAUAGACAUCUGUUAAUGAUCAUUACGAAACCAUGCUAGAGGCGAUAUGAAACACCCAUUGUAUAAUGAACGCGUCAAUCGCCGCCGGAUUGGGAUUGGUAUUCCUUGCACUGAUAUUCUUUGUUAGAUGGAAAUGGAGGAGUAACAAGCCACUGCCACACUACCCACCGUGCACACCAGUUCAAUUGGUACAUCGUCUCUGCCCCCACAACAAUGUGGUGCAAAGCUUCGAGGUGGAACAAAAGGAUAGUCUUGAUGAACAUCUAGAUGUACUUACGAGAAAGCUAGCUGAAAAGGAGGGACGUCUUCAUAUAUCAAAAUCAAAAAUCCGUGAAACCCAACUUGAAAUCGAAAACCUCCACGCCAUAGAUAACGACGUUCGGACAAGAUAUAGAGAGAUCAUGCAAUCGCUUCGAAACGAUCUCCUUUCGAAUGAGAAGGAGUGCAAGAAGUUACAGGAGAAGAUCGAGUGGGUGUCGCGACGACGCGCUGAACUGAGGGAUGAGGUCCGACGUGGUCAGAGAUUGUACGGCGAAGCAGCGGCUGAACUAGCCAGUAACUUAACAGAACUUCAACGUGGCCGUUCCAUAGAGCAUAAAGUGACAGACAAGCCUUACAAGCAAAGUUCUCUCACUUCAAUACGUCAUAGGAAAGAACCUUAUCUGCCCAGAGCCUCUCCAGUCAGCUCUUUACUCAUUAAAGGGUCACCGCUGUCAAAUGAAUCUUUUCGUUUAUCCGGCCGGUUCUGAGAUACAAUUUUUUUAUAACCUUCAUAGUAGGUACUUGUAAAUUUUUGUAACAACUAAAAUUUGAUCGUGUUUUAAUUUUA